AUGGCUCCUGCGCGAAACAGUGUGCUGGCGCUGCUGGGCCUUGCCAUCAGCAUCCGCGCUGCACCUGCAGGCUUGCAGACGCGCCAAGUGGAGAUACUUCCACCCAAGCAAAGCGUUUCCUGGGACACUGGCAACCCUGAGCCGACUGAGGAGCCGCAUGAGCCUGUGAUCCCGUCAAAACCGACUGAUGAAUUUAGUAUUGGAACGCCAUCAGGAUGGAUCAGCUGGGAGACAAGCGGACCUACGUCUACCCCAGCCCCAGAGGAACCCACGUAUCCUCCUCCUCCCAAGCCAACGGACCAAUUCAGCAUUGGAAAGCCAUCGUUCUGGAUAAGCUGGGAAACCAGUGGACCUGAGCCGACACCCGCUCCCGAGGAGCCUGGGUAUCCCCCACCAAAGCCUAGCGAUCAAUUCAGUAUCGGAAACCCAUCGUACAGUAUCAGCUGGGAUGGAGAUGGGCCGGGUGCUUCAUCAACGCCCACGCCAACACCGACACCGAAACCAACCUCGGAGUAUCCCUCCCUGACUCUACCACCACCCGUUUGGUCCAAUUCCAGCAUCGCUAUACCAACAUCAUCCUUGCUUCCCAUCACCUCCACUCCGGUAUCUUCUCCCACCAGCAAGCCAUCAUCAUCCAGCAAGGCUUCCUCCACCAAAAACCCAGGAUACCCUCCAUGGGGCCCAUGGCCACCAAAGCCCACAACCAUCAAAACAAGCAUGACUCCCAAGCCGCCGCCGCCGCCCCCAAAGCCCUCGCCCACCACCUCGUCGCCGCCCAAGUACAGUGUAAGCUGGGGUCUAAACCAACGCAACGCAAAGCCCACAUCGACAAGGCGAAAGCCCAAACCGACUCCAAGUAAGAAGACAACGACGACAUCAAAAGCCACAGCUACCCCUACCCCAACGCCGACUCCGACUCCAAAACCCACUCCAGCACCCACCACCACCACCACCACCUCCGUCCCUCCCCCAGACAUCACCAUCGGACCCCCCGACUUCACCAUAACCUGGGAAAACGCCGGCGAAACCGCACCUACGUCUCCGCCUGAAACCAGCAUUCCCGACGGCCAUGACGACGACGACGACGAUGAUGAUGAUGAUGGUGAUUUCCCUCCUCCAGUAAUCCCCACACCCCCCAAUAGCAUCGGCAUCCAGCCCCCCACCGCAACCAUCAUCUGGGGCCGGAAGCGCCAGGACGAGGACCCUGUAGACCCGGAUUUGCCUGGUGGUGAUGACGAUGACGAUGAGUUUCCUCCUCCGUCUGUGCCUACGCUGCCGAAUAGUGUGGGGAUUGAGGUGCCUAGUGCGACGGUGAUAUGGGGGUAG